UAUUUUCCCGCCCAUUUCCGUAACAACUCGGAAUCGGGGGAUUCCCCUAGAGUUAUCGGUCUUGUCGAUAAGAGUUAUCGUUUUGAAGCGAACAAAAACACGCGCCAAGAGGGAUGGCCGAGGCCGCUUUACGAGCAAUCUUCCGAACCGAGUGCGAUUCAAGAAGACUUAUGUUACUACAGAACAUAAUUACCAAAGCGGACAUCAGUGCCCUGGGGAUUCGUGUACGUACAAGAAAUGUCCUUUAUUUAAUAACGUAAAAAAUCUUGGGAAAAAUGUCAGUCGUGAUUGGAUGGAUGGACGGCGGGUGAUGGAGUUAGGGGUGCUGUUGGAAAACUUAUCAUCUUGUUCGCAUUGUCGGAUGGGUCCCAUCCCUCUAUAUAAAGAGAACAUUGUUGGAGAGAGGCGGAGGGGUUUGGGGGGGAUAUUUAUACAUAAUGUGUAUGAAUCCCGAGUGCGGAGAAGUGAACAUGGUUCCCUAUGGUAAAACGCACCGCCAAAAUAAGAAAACAACUGGGAUGCCGUGUUUUGUAGUAAAUACAAAAUUGGAACAGGUUUGUGAAUUUUUAUGAUUUUAAACCAAAUUUAAUAUAACUGGUAUAAACAACAAGUAACAAAUAAAUAUUAGUGCACAUCAAUUUUCAUCAUAAUUUUCUAAUAUAAUGAAAAAAAUAUUUUAAGCAAUGAUUGACAGUCUUGGGGGGCCAGACAGAGUCAACAACCUUCUGUCAACUUUAAACAUUCCUACUAUAAACAACAAGACAUUAAUGGUGAUGGAGCGCCGUGCAGGAGAAAGUGUGGAAGCUGUAGCUAAGGUUACUACAAAGAAGGCGGCUGAGGAAGUUUAUCAUGUGGAAAUGUCUGAAGUUGCUGAUGCAGAGUCGACUAAAGCUUUGCAAGGAGUAGAAUUGCUAGAGGAUUUGGGUGUUGGGGUUUUAGCAGAUGCAUCACCGAUAACAAAAGAGAUUCUGUUAAAGACCAAUUUGCCUGUCACGUUUGAUGACUCUGAUAAUGAAUUGGCUGAUACUGACCACAAACGAGAUAACACAGGCAUGGAAUCCUGUAUUCCUUUAGGACACCCCGACCCUUCAAUUGCACAAUUGACAAUUCCAAACACUCCCACAGUUGGUCAAACUUAGGACGACACUGUUUGUACACCAAUUAACACAACUUGUCCACAACCCUCACCAUCAAGGAAAAGAAAAAGAUCUUUGUCCAAAGGUACAGGCAAGAAAACUGUGAACCAAAAGCUGGACAAAAAGUCCCUAUGCAAGACCAGGAGGGGUAUGACUUGUGCUGUGGAUACAGCUUGGCAUAAACGAGGAUUCAAUAGCCUCACAGCACAUACACUUUUUAUGAGCAAGUCAAUAUACGGAAAGAAAGUACUAAAGACAGUAGUUGGUCACAGGACAUGUGGAACUUGCCACUGGUGGAGACGGAAUCGUCCUGGCAUCCCAGUUAGAAAACAUAGAUGUGUUCAAAACCAUAAUGGUAGUGCAAGAAGCAUGGAGAGUACGACUGGUCUCAAAGGAGUAAAGGAGCUGAUUGAUGAGAGAACACCUGUGGAGUACAUUGAAGGGGAUGGGGACAAUACGUUAAUUGCCCGUUUACGAUCAGAGCUGAAUUUGGAGAUGAAGAAGCGUUUUGACAAAAACCAUGUGGUGAAAAACAUUGGGAAGUGUUUGUUUUCUCCAAAGGGGAAAAAACUAAGUAAAUCUGUUAUCAUGCAUAUACAAAAGUGCGUGAAAUAUGCUUUUUCGAAAAAUCAGGGUAAUAAACAAGGAUUAGAAGAAAAUCUUAGAGGACUUAUUCCACACCAGUUCGGGGACCACCAGUACUGCAAACCAAGAUUUUGUGGGUGUUUGCGUAAACAAGGAGAGACAAAUCAACACAGAAGCUUGCCAUACAAAUCAGCAUUGAAAGACACAGAUUUACGACAACAAUUAGAGGCAGUUUUUAAACCUAUCAUAGCCAAUGCUGAACAGUAUAUUGAUCUUGGAUCGAGUCAGCAGUGCGAGCACGCUAAUCGUGAGGUAACACUGAGAGCUCCGAAGUCCCUCCAUUAUGGAAACUCGGAGUCCAUCGACUUUAAAGUUCAUGCUACUGCAGCUUUUAUCAAUGAAGGACGAAGAUAUAUCUCAAUGUUUAUACUAAUGUAUGGAGACAAUUUCCAGACUCAGCCCAUGAAGAGAGCGGAGUUUCUCCUGGAAAGUUUACCGAAGAACAUGCCGGGAAAAGGAUGAAGAGACGCAAGGAGGUGCAGGAAAAAAUUCAGCUCCCUUCAACAAAGCUAAGACGUCUUGUUCUGAAACAAGAAAGAGCUGUAACUCAGGGAGCCCAGGAAGCACUGGAGGGAGAUUCCUAUCAGUCUGGUAUUGGUCACGAUGAGCAUCCUGAUAUUGAAAAAUUACCAGAUCAAGUUGUUCCUGGUUGCUUCAAACCAGUGACUCUACCAUCAGCAGAAGAGCCUACGUUGGUUAUGUUUGAUAUUGAAACCACUGACCUUAUACGAGGAAGGCAGAUGCCCCAUAUUGUGCAAAUUGCUGCUGUAGAGCUGAAAAGUGACGCAACAUUCAAUACCUAUGUUCGACCCAAGAUGCCUCAGACUGAGAACGCACGACUAGUAACUGGUAUUGUUGCAAAUUCUAGUGGCGUGUCAGUUGCAGGUAAAUCAGUGAAGUCCGACAAUAUUCAUUCUGCUGCAGACAAAUUUAUCAGGUAUUUGACAAAAUUCAAGAAUGUGUGUUUAAUUGCUCACAAUGGCCGGCGUUUUGAUUUUCCUGUACUUGUUUCGACAUUCAAAAACAUACAGAAAGACACUCAGCUUUCCAGUGUAGUGACUGGUUGUGUAGACAGUCUAGCAAUGUUUAAGAAGUGUUUUAAAAAUCAAGAUUCAUACAAGCAGGAAAGUCUUUACCGAUCCCUUUUUAACGAAACAUACGGUGCCCAUAAUGCCGUAGACGAUGUGAAGGCCCUAGGGAAGCUUGUGCAGCAUGCACUGCUAUCACAGAUAGAUACCCUUUCCUUUACAUUUCCUCUCAAAGCAGUAAUCCAGCAACUAAUCUACAAUGGUGAAAAAGCUAGAAACUAUAAUUCCUUGGCAACACUUGUGCAGAAUGCUGUUCUUUCAAAGUGUAUGGCAGGAAAAAUAGCCGGAUCUGGGCUGACUCUCGGACAUCUUAAGGCGAUCAAGAAUCGUGAUGGUGAAGAUGGACUCAGAAACACUUUUCUUGUUAAAACAGAAGGACAAUCAAGAGUAAGCUGCACUAAGAAAACACUAGAUGAUGUUGUAUCUAAACUCAUGAGUGCUUUGUAAAUGAUUGUAAAGUCAAGUACUGGAAAACAUCUUAUUUUGAAGAACCAUUUAUAUAUGUGUGUAUAUCUAUGUAAUAUAAGUAUAUGCAUUUACAUAUAAAUAUAUUCACUAUUCUGAUGUAUUCAUACAUUAUGUAUCUGAUUGUAACAUUUCAAAUGAAGACAUCAAACACUUGAGUUGAUUAAGCAUGUUUAUGUAUAUCAGAUGAGCACUUCUCAGAUUUUACAAUUUGGGGGGAGGGGUAGUAGAAACUAGAAUUUUAAAAAAAAUUGACGGUAAAAAAACAAAAUUUGUAUCUGAAUUUGUUGCUUAUAGAUGUCUUUAAAUUAUUGUUAUACCAAAUAUUGGUGCACUUUCAUACUUUUUUUUAUUUUGGGCCAUAUUGUACACUUGUCUGUAUUUCACUAACACAUUCUUGGAAGGCAUGUUUGCAGUUUGAGUGAAAAAAAAAAUUAUAUAAGACCUACAUUCUUGGAUUUGUUUUUUAUUGCAUUCUCUUUCUUAUAUAUUUAACUAAAUAAUAUGAAGCUAUCAUACAGUUCUUUUUGAAUUAUUGGAUAUUAUGAACUGAGGUUUAAUAUUACAUUUAGUGCUGAAGCACCGAAAAUAUCAAUGGCAUACUUUUCUAAAUAUUUUGAAA